AGCAGCUGACGGAAGACGAGGUGCUACGACGCAGUUUAAUGGCUUGAUACAAAAUACGAAAACAUGAAUUUUGUUAGAUCUCGCCUUUCCAUUGGCAAAUUUAUAGGUCAGAGGUGCAGACAGGUCACGGAAACAUGGAGCCACAGAGGGAUGUGCAGUAAACCACAGGCGCCCAAAGCAGAGCCUCUGCCUGCAGUCCCAGCAGCAGCGCCUCGUGCCGGGUUCAAACUCCCCGGCUUCAGACCGUCAAAAAUGGACCAGAGGAUGCUGGUCUGGUCGGGACGCUUCAAGACAGCAGACCAGAUACCAGAGCUUGUGUCGUUUGAGAUGAUUGAUGCUGCCAGAAACAAAAUCAGAGUGAGAACGUGCUAUGUGAUUAUGGCGGGCAUAAUAGCGACCUGCCUGAUCAUGGUGUACCGGGGCAAACAGGCGGUCGGCAGGCAUGAGUCCCUGACAAGUCAAAACAUGGCGAAAAAAGCUAGAUGGAGGGAGGAACUACAAAGAGAGAAGGAAGCUGCUCUUGCACUGUCAGCGAAGGCUCAGUGAUGAAAGACAACAAGGCCUUGCAUAUUAACCCCCCCCCCCCCAGAUAACACACAACUAUGUAUUAAUUUCUAAAAGCCAAUAUAAGGUUUGACCUUUUCAUUUAGGUUAUAAACUGAGAGCUGUUUUUUGUCCCGAUACUUAUGUGAUUAGACUAGUUUUGUUUGACAGAUGUGACAUCCACUUGUAUAAAGUCAACACCAAAAUAAGAAUCAAAUAAAGUACUGCUUCUUGAAAAUUCC